AUCAGUGAUUCUCAAGGGUUCUUCAGCGAUUUAUUAUUCAAGGAAAUAGAGGAAAAAGCAAUGUGAAAAAGUGAAAGAGAGGAAGAAAGUGUUUUUAACGUUUAAUUUUUCUAUUGUUGGCCUGACUAUUAAAUUAGUCACGACUACUUUCAAUCGCGAUUCCUAAUUCAUAGAAUAGCUUUCUAAGCGACAUUUGCAUGGUAACAAGCAAAUGUCGAGUAAGUAUUCAAUUAUAAAAUAUCGACGAUGAAUUCAUUGAAAAUAGAAUUGUAAAUCACGUAAAGAUUGCAUCAUACGAUUCGGUAAUUACGUGAGUGUACUUCGGAGCGUUCGAGAACCCCUGACUAAGAGCUACGUGACGCGGCGUCGUUUCAGAGGGCGUCGACGAAGUCGCCCGAUCCUACGUAGAAGUAAAACGACACGGGAGUGGGGAGGUUAGAGGGAACGGCACGAGCGUGGUGGGAGCAGUGGACAUCGAUGCUGCCGGGAGUGCCGGGACGAGAGCAGUGAGGUUGGAGAGGGGGCAGGCUGUUAGUAAGCGAAGUGGCCAUCUUGCGAAGUUCAGUCGGAAACGAACUGCCGAGCAGUGAGGGAAGGUGAAAGGAAAGACUCGAUGUGUUAGCUGAAGGAUUUUUAAUGCGCUUCCGAGCCGGGCUACCGCUACGUGCGAAAGGCUGUGCGAUACCGACAACGGAACAGCGACCAUCCGCGGAGAUUUUCGUAUACGGAAAAAGUUAGUUUAUCCGACGAAAGGUCUCAGAGUACGAUCAGGAGACUCAAGGGUACAGAAGUAGCCGAAGUUUCGACGUUAGAGGAGAAAUUGAGAAGAAAUCGAGGAGGAGUCGUGCAGAAAUUUUGGUUCCAGCGGAGAAGAUUCGUCCGUUGACAAAACGUCUCAUCUGUUCGAAAGUGAUAGGCAAGACGAUAGAACUAUUUAUUCGUAUACCUAUAGUUCUGAAGGCAGUGAAGUGAAAGAAAUAGAAAAAAGUGAAGAAAAGGCGCGCAGUGUUUAAGUCUGUGAUAGUAUUUAUUCAAACGAUUCAGCUACGACGCGUAUCAUCUACCAUAGUAGUGUAGCAUCGUUUGUCGCUUCUGUAAGUCGCGAGAACUACAGAAACAGAGAAAUAGUCUUUAUAUAUUUAUUUAUAUCUGUGAUACCGACGCUGAUAUACAUCGAAUUAUCCCGAGGCAGAAACAUCGAGAACGAGCGAGAUAGAGAGCGAAAGCAAAAACGGGAGUACGUCGGUAAAGGGAGAAGAGAAAGGAUCGAAGAAAGCAACGUACAGUGGUUUGGGAAAUUGAAAUAGUGGGAAAGAAGAUUAUAUCAGUAACUUAGUGGAUUUACAUGUUUUUGUAUAUACGACUGACUCUUUUUUAUAAUUAUUGAUAUCGGAUUAAGAGAUAGGAGGAGAAAGAGUUUCAUCGCUGUUCGCUAGACGAAACAGAAAGGAGACUCGAAGAAGAGGAAAAAGGGGCAAAACAGAGUUUUGUUUCGAACGAGAACUACAUUUUCCUCUUUUACCCUUUUAUUUGGGAUAUUAAACCAUCGAAACUAAGUGGAAUUGUUGCGUGCAAAAAUGGUGGAGAAAAUCUUGGAAGAACAAGGAGACGGGAGUCAAGAAGUUACAAGAGAAGAAGCAAGUUGUAGAGAGACUGUGAAUACCGCAGGAGAAUCAAUGAGCGCCGUGCAAGCUCGACAAGAGGAAGCUAGGCGCAAAAGACGCAAGAAGAAACGCUCUGGAUCGUCUUUGAUGUCAGCUUGCUUCCAAGAACUAUACAAAUUAACCGGCGAAGUUCUUGGAGAAGGUGCUUACGCCUCAGUUCAAACUUGUAGGUCGCUGUAUACCGAUCUGGAGUAUGCCGUUAAAAUUAUCGACAAAAUUCCCGGUCACGCACGAGCACGUGUGUUUAAGGAAGUCGAAACGUUCCAUCAUUGCCAAGGCCAUCCAAAUAUCAUCCAAUUGAUCGAAUUUUUCGAAGACGAAGUAAAGUUUUAUCUGGUAUUCGAGAAAAUAAACGGUGGUCAACUGUUGAGUCGGAUACAAGAAAGAGUUCAUUUCAGUGAACGGGAAGCCAGUCAAAUAAUUCAAGAAAUCGCAAGCGCGUUAAAUUUCCUUCACAAGAAAGGUAUCGCCCAUAGGGAUCUGAAACCCGAAAACAUCUUGUGCGUUUAUCCGGAUAAGCUCAUACCGAUCAAACUAUGCGACUUCGAUCUUGGUUCGGGUAUCAAGUUCAACAAUUCGUUGUCAAGUCCUGUGGCUACACCGCAACUCUUAACGCCAGUCGGCAGCGCCGACUUCAUGGCUCCAGAAGUUGUGGGAGCUUUCACCGGGGAAGCGAAUUAUUACGAUAAGCGUUGCGAUCUCUGGAGCCUUGGCGUGAUCAUGUAUAUACUUCUCUGUGGUUAUCCACCUUUUUAUGGGAAUUGCGGAUCCGAUUGUGGUUGGGAGAGAGGAGAAAAUUGCGAGGCUUGCCAACAACUUUUAUUUAGCAGUAUUCAAGAAGGCAGGUACGAAUUUCCGGACAACGAAUGGAGGUGUAUUUCGGAAGAUGCGAAAGAUUUGAUCAGGGGCUUGCUGGUCAAAGAAGCCCAUCAAAGGCUCAGCGCCGAGAGUAUUCUGAAACAUCCGUGGAUCAAUCCUGGUCCAAGCUCCGUCGAAAAUCCAGAGAAGUCUCUCGUUACUCCUAGUAUUAUCAGAAGGAAUAAUUCUGCCAGAGAACUGUCAGCGUUUGCUGAAUCGGCGAUGGCUGUGAAUCGCGUGGUACUUCAACAUUUUUCCGUAAAUUUGGAGGACUUGGCGGAGAAGAGGGAACCGAGAUUAUCCACUUCGUCGACGGACGAAGAUAACCAUCCUUACGGGCACAUGUCCGACUCGAACAGCGAAUUAUCCGAACACAGUAAGGUUUGCGCGACUCAUUCCUCGAACGAAUUUGAUGUAAACUCGCGUUUGAAAUCUUGUUCGAUUCGUUCGAGUACCGAUCUGACCGAUUCGAAAACCAUUGGAAAGAAUCGAUUGAUCGGCAAGGACUCGUCGGUCCCUCGGCUGUUUGGUUUGUCACCGCCGAGCGAGAGUCGUUUGAUGCAGCGCCGUUUAAAAGCUCGUUCGGAUCUACUCGAACGUCAGACCAACAAAACAGUUAUCGCGUCCGUUAGUGGCUGAAAGGUGACGUUCUUGCGAACGAAACGAUAGUCUCCUUUCUUGGUAGCGCGUAUAAUUCGUGUUUACACGUUCGUCGCGUAAAUAUACGGAUACGAAGAAAGCGUGUACAGUAAUGUUAUCUAUCGUUAAUUGACAAAGAGUAACAAUGACAUAAGCGCGACAUUACGAUUGGCUAAGCGAAGGUUGUGUUUCAUUAAAAAUAACAAGAGCUGCAUUACAAUGAUUCGCGCAACGAUUCACGGUUAUUACACACACGAGCAUAUCUAUAUACAGCAAGACACGGAGCGACGACAUAAAACGACGUGUGUUCGCUCCGAUACACGAUUAACCACGCGCGACGCCAACAAUACACAACACUCGAUCAGACAAUAAUUUUUCCUGAAUUUCUAUAUUUCCUACAGAAUUCAGAGAAAUAUCGUGUCCGAAUAUAUCUUUAACUUUAUGUUUUUCUCCAUUUUUCUUUUGUGCUCUUGUUUCGUUUCGACGAGUCCGUCGAAUAUACUCCUCGACUUUGCGCUACAAAUAUUUAAAAUCGAUACAAGCUAUUCGUUCGGUUUAUUUGUUGAAUGUUGUUUUAUACGAUACAUUCGUUAAAUAAUAUGAACGAACAUAAGCAGAGGCAGCACAGAUUCGAUACACAUACAUAUGUACAUAUGAAAAAUUGAACGGUCGCGCAUGUUUUAAUUUCGGUUCAGAUUACAUUUAGUACAGAACGUUAAAGGAACGUAAAAAAAUAAACAAAUUUGUAAUAUGUACAUUCCACCGUCGGUAUCUAUUAGAUGAGAAAACAUAUAGCAUAAUAUAAAAAAUAAGUCACAUUAGAUAUACAACGUUUGCGUACUUUCGCUAUUAUAUGAUAUCUAGAAAAGUACAUAGUAUAUGCUCGUUCAUAUCAAUUUAUCGAAACGGAUAUACAGAGGCGCAAAAGAAAAGAAUAAAUAAUUUUGAUGAAUAUUUUUACCGAUCGUAUACGCGUAUAUUUGCUUCGUUUCUUUUUAUUAAAUCGAUUUCUUUUUAGUUCGGCCUUAAAUAUUUUUGCAACUAUAGCUAUUAUUCGACAAAAUAUCUCCGAGUUACAUUUGUCUUUUCUUUUCUAACGAUAACUUGUUCGAGAAUUAUGAGAAGCAGCAACAGCAACGCAUCUUCGGACGAAAAAAA